CCGGACCGAGCCGAGCCGAGCCGAGCCGAGGCGUGGAGCCAUGUUCCACCUGUGGAAGGCCGUUCUUGCGGAGAGCCUCCUGGGCUACAUUUCUUGGUCUCUUUACCAUGCCCUGCCACCAAUGAUUUAUUACUUCCCCCUUCAGACACUGGCACUCACAGGUCUGGAAAGUUUUGCUGUUGCCUUCUUUUCUCCAGUAUUCUUGAUAAUUGGCCCUUUUUGGAGGUUGGCUAACAAUAAGUACAUCCUAGCCCUUCUGAGACUCACUAUGGUUGGAAGCUUAGCAUCAUACCAGGCACCAAAUGCUCCAAUUAGACUAGUCAUCUUGGCUGCAGGUGUUUCCUCCUCAUUGCUGGUUCAAACAGUAACAUGGUGGUCAGGCAACAGUUUACAAAGGUUCAUCAGGAUAUGGGGCUUCAUGCUAGGCAAGAUAAUGCUCCUUGUUCUUCGCAUCUGGUAUACAUCACUAAACCCAGUCUGGAGCUCACAAGCUGCCAAUACUGUUGUACUGGCAGUUGGUUUUAUAGCAGCAGUGGAGCGAAUUUAUUCAGAUGGAGACAAGAGGAAACAAGAAGCAAAGAAAACUGGUAAUGCAGUUAGAGAGACAGUUUCCCACCCUCGUUGGCUGUUGUCAGGGAUUGCUUUUGGCAGUCUCAUGUUCCUCACCCUGUGGAUAUUUGGGGAGGUCUCAUUAAUUUCUAGAUGGGCAGUAAGUGGACAUCCACAUGCAGGUCCAGAUCCUAAUCCAUAUGGAGGUACAGUUCUUUUGGGCCUGGCUCAUGGGCUGAUGCUUUCAUUUUGGAGCUGGUCUUCUGCCACCAGUUUUGCUUGGUUUCUUGUAGGUUUAGCAUCUUCAGCUGGUCUCCUUUAUUUACACACCUGGAGUGCUGCUGUUGCAGGCAACAUCCUUGCUGUCUUUACUAUGUGCGUGUGGCCUCAACUGGCUGGCCACUUUGCUAGCUGUCUGCACCCUGGGAAAGCCAUGAGUACUGCCAUGUUUGCCUACGUUCUUGAAUUAUUCUUUUGUGUAUGGUGUACAGCUUAUAAAUUUGUACCUGGAGGAAUUUAUGCCAGAGAAAGCUCCCAUCUUCUUUUAGGGUUUAUAAUGUUAUGUAUUGGGAUAGACUUUCUAACAGUACCCAAGAAAGACCUCAGCUCUAUCUUUGAAGUGAAAAGCAACCAAAAGCCACUAUUCAGAAAGAGUAAAACCUUUAUUAAAAUAUUAUUGUGGCUGUUUGUUGGUGUCGGUUUGCUAGGAUUGGGUCUGCGUUACAAAACUUACCAGAAGAAGCUGGGCCAAGGGGUUCCCAAAAGAGACUUCUCUGCUAUGAUCUGGCCUUUUAGAUUUGCAUAUAACAAUGAAGGAUGGUCUAAUUUGGAAGGAUCAGCUGAUCUGCUUAAUCAGACAGAUGCUGAUUUUAUCACUAUUAUAGAGAGUGAUGCCUCCAAACCAUUCAUUGGGAACAAUGAUCCAACAAUGUGGCUGGGAGAAAGACUAGGAUUUUACACAGACUUUGGUCCAAGCACAAGAGAUCACACUUGGGGGAUUAUGGCGCUAUCACGGUAUCCAAUUGUAAAAUCUACCCAUCACCUCCUUCCAUCUCCAGAGGGAGAGAUUGCACCCGCCAUCUCCAUGACUGUCAACUUCACAGGGAAACUGGUUGAUUUUGUUGUCGCCCACUUUGGAAAUGAAGAGGAGGACUUAGACAGGAAACUCCAGGCUAUAGCUGUUUCAAAUAUAUUGAAGACUAGCUCUAAGCAAGUAGUAUUCCUAGGAUACAUCACUUCAGCUCCUGGAUCCAGAGAUUAUACUGAAUUAAUAGAAAAUGGAAAUGUCCAGGAUAUUGACAGUACAGAUCAUGACAGAUGGUGUAGCUAUAUUAUGUAUCGAGGAGUAAUAAGGUUGGGCUAUGCCCGCAUAUCUCACGCUGGUUUAAGUGAUUCAGAAGUCCAGAUGGCCAAAUUUAGGAUCCCAGAUCACUUGGAUAGCUAUGUUGACAAUGACAGAAUCAUCACUGAUCCUAGCCAAGUUCCUGAGGACAUCCAUUUCAAUCCCAGGUUUGGAUCUUAUAAAGAUGGACAUAAUUAUGAACAUAUUCAUCACUUUCAUAUGAGCACUCCUAAAUAUUUUAAACAGAUAAAUUAGAAUGAGAAAGUAAUACAUCACUAGGACCAACAAAAAAGGUUUGUUGUUUGAAACUGAAUUGGCAGCCAAAAAGACCACAUUGUUAAGGAUGAGCAACUCCCAUGCUGCAUAAUACUGUGAAUGUCUGUGUAAUAGUUGGUGACUCUUUAAUGAGCUGUCAUUGCCGUGAGAGAGGGAAGACGCAUGCAUUUUGAUAAACUGGUGUCUACCUGGGCCAGAUACCUGCUUUGUAUCCAGCAAAGCAAGGGUGAGAACUUGCUUUGGCAAUAACUUCUACUUUUAUGAAGGUAUCCUAUAUUGUGCUGUUUCAGAGCUGAAUGUAUCUAUCCGCUAUUCUUUACGGUCCAGGUGUAACCCCUUUCCUGGGAGCUCAUUGGAAGAACCAUGAGCGAGGAAUUUCAGCUGACUUCCAUGCUUUUUUGAUGACUGAGGCAAAGCAAAAUAAUGUGGUAGUGUAGGUAACCUGUCAGUAUGUGCUGCAUUUUGUAGUCUGUUGUUACUGCAGUAACAAGCUUGGCCUUAGUUUUUGCCAAAACAAGAGUGGGACUAGCGUGGUUUUUAACUGGGAGAUGUGCAGUUCCUAUGUGUUUGAGGUGUGUGCAUUUUUUACUUACUGAAACAGUGUUUACAUCUGCUGCUAUUCCCCAUUUUAUUCUUAAAUUAGUCUUACUAGAACAGAUGCGAAUCAUUGAUGUUCAUACUAUUGGAGAAAAGAAAAGGUGGUGACUUUUCCAGACUUCCUUUUUUUUUUUUUUUUUUAACAGGGCAUUAGACACUGCAAUGCUUUUACAAAAGGAAGAGUAAAGUACCUCCAAAUAAUUAUUGUUAUGAGACACUCAUGAGAACACACUGCAGGAGAGCUAAAAGCAAGCAUGCUCAACGUGACAAGGUUUCUGAGAAGAAAGUUGAUUGUAUUUUUUUAUAUGUACAAAUAAAUAAAACAAAACAGCA